CAGGCGGAGAAGAAGAGGAGGGGAGGAAAAGUGUGUUUACACAGACGGCAAACUGCCUGGGGAAUCGUAGGGGAGAGGAAGUCAGCCGGCUCUGUGUCUGCCUGCUCCAACUUCCUGCUCAGAAAAAGAAAAAGCCCAGGAUCCUAUUUCAGUCCAGCACAACUGUGUAGACCAGAAGUAAGCAUGGAAAAACAAGGAAUCACACAAGCCUCACCGUAAAGUUUCGCGGAGGGAAAAAAAAGACCGAGUAAGCAGGCAUGGACAGCGCCAUCACCUUGUGGCAGUUCCUGCUGCAGUUGCUGCUGGACCAGAGUCACAAGCACCUGAUAUGCUGGACGUCCACAGAUGGCGAGUUCAAGCUUCUGAAGUCAGAGGAAGUGGCCAAGCUGUGGGGGCUACGCAAGAACAAGACCAACAUGAACUACGACAAGCUGAGCAGAGCCCUGCGCUACUACUACGACAAGAACAUCAUCAAGAAGGUGAUCGGCCAGAAGUUUGUCUACAAGUUUGUGUCCUUCCCUGAGAUCCUAAAGAUGGACCCUCAGGCGGUGGAGAUGGGCCUGGCCUCUGGAAGGUUUCCCCUCCAAGAAGGAGAGGCCCCUGAGCUGGAGGUAGAGGAGGACGAUGAAGAGGAAGGAGAGGAGGAGGCCCAGAGGAGGACCCUGGCAGCCCUCGGGGCACAGCAGUGUCGGAAUGACUACCUCCGCUCGGGUCUCUAUUCUUCCUUCAGCAUCAGCUCCCUGCAAAACCAGCCCGAGCUGCUCCGUGCCCUGCGGGAGCGCCAGGAGGAGCCGCGCUCCGUCAUCCGCUUUGGCACCAAUUCCCAUGACAGGAGCUCCCCUCCUUCUGCCAAAUCUGAGUCCUAUGUCUCCCCCAGGCCAUCCAAACUCCCUUCUCUUUCCCACUCCCCGUCUUCCCCCCACACCCAACCUGGCCAUAGCUGGAGCCCUGCAACCAAAGAGGAGGAGGAGGAGGACUCUGACCAGAGCGCUCAGCCCCUCAACCUCUCCUCUGGGCACAGGGAGCGAGCCCUGCAGCCUCCUGAAAAAAGGAGCAGCAGCAGCAGCAGUGGUAGAAGUAGCUCCACUUCUAGUAGUAGUAAUCAAGGAGAUGGACUCCCACCAAAAAGCAAAAAACCCAAAGCUCUGGAGAUCUCCGCCCCGUCCCUGCUGCUUGCAGGGAGUGACAUCGGCUCCAUCGCCCUCAACAGCCCGGCACUGCCGUCCGGCUCCCUUACUCCUGCCUUCUUCACUGCACAGACUCCCUCUGGUUUGCUGCUGGCUCACAGUCCGCUGUUGUCAGGCAUCCACUUCUGGAGCAGCCUUAGCCCCGUCGCCCCGCUCAGCCCCGCCCGGCUGCAGGGCCACAGCUCCUUGUUCCAGUUCCCCAGCCUAAUCAACGGACACAUGCCUGUCCCCCUGCCAAACCUGGAAGGAACACCCUCCUCCCUGCUCCUGUCCCCCACCACCCACAAAUCCUGAUCCAGGGUCUGUGAAAAA